AUGGGUCUGAAGCUGCUGCGACUUUUCUUCAGCAAUUGGAGCAGCGGCAGCUGCUUGGGAAUGCCCAGCUGCUUAGCCCUAAAGGCGUCAGUUGAGUUCAUGUGCUGGACCAUCGACGGCUACCGGUACACCUCAACAUCCCGCACCAGACAUCCCACCUCCAGGCAUCGGCAUCCCGUAUUGAAGAUCGCCUUCAACAACAUCCAGAAAAGACCCAGCAACAACCAGCACAUCCUCUCCCAGCUCACCAACCUGGACAACAACCUGGGCAACAACCAACACCACUACAUCGCCAACGUUCACGACACCACUCCAAAACCAGAUCCCGAUCACCAUUCCGAACUCGCGCCACCCGACCCCAGCCAGUCAGCUCUCCUCUUCCUCGGCAUCGUUCUACACCUCAUCAUCCCUAAGCAUGACGCACUCCUUCGAGUGAUCGUCGCCGUUCACCUCGUCGAGAUCGAGCCCGACACCAUCGAGACCGAGGACCCCGGACCUAUGAAGAACCAGGCAAGUGCAGCUCAGCUUUGCCUCCCGAAGCCCGUCAACCUGAGCAGGCACAGCCCGACCCCACGCAAACCCACUCCCCAUCGAGAAGACCGCGAUCUCCAACACCACGUUCGCCACUGGAUAUGGUUGCGCAAAGAUCCCCCGCUGGCUCCACUGAAGGAUGCCGACAAGGACCCAAAGCGCAUCAAGUGCGUGAACGAGGUACCACCUGGACACAAAUGGAAUCACAAAAGGGAAGGACGGUGUCGUUGCAACAAAUUCCUCUUCCAGUUCCAUUGCCAAGCCUUACUCCAAGCACUCAUCACACCCUUCAACGACCCCACGCGGCAAGACCAAGGAAUGGCGGUGAUCGCGGAGGCGGGAGCAACGGGCGACGGCAAUCCAGGCGCGGCGGUGUGGGCAGUGGUGCCUGGCCUAGGUGGUACAACAUCGGUCCCCCUGGGCGAUUGGGCGCUCUAUGCUCCAGCCAUUGGCACGAGUGGUGAAUGGGACUUUUGGGACCACUUGCAGGGCACCCUUGGAAACAGGUGGUGGGGCGCCUAUGCCUGGGAGUACUGGCGCUUCCUGCGCGCUCCACCGCUUGGUGAAGGAACUGCCUCGGCAAAGAUUCGGAAACUGCAGGAUGCAGCGAAGUCAGAAGGUUGGUGGAAAUCCCCCGACAGCGGGGCAAAACUAGCGAGUAUGCUGAAAGAUCACGGCUUCGUGGUGUUGGACAAUUUCCUACCUGAAGGUAUGGCAAAGCAAUUGGCUGACACUGCUCGAACUGCCCAAGAGCAAAUGUCCUCUGGUGUGCUGAGCACGGGAGCCAACUGGGCCCGCGGAGACUCAGUCCUGUGGGUAAACACUCAUGAUCCUGCCUCCAGCGGUUUUGGAAAUAUGGUGCCGCAGGACACUUGCGAAGCCUUUGAUUGCUAUAUCCUGUGGUGCCAGUUGACGUGGCUGGAGCGUGAGAGCAUCUGCGACGAGAUUGGGCUCUACAUUCAGCGAGCUCUCCUUGGUGAUCAUCGUGGUCCUAGUGGCCGUGACCGCAUCCAGCUUGGCAGCCGGGUGUGGUUGGUGUUCAAAGACUACGAAGGCCUGGAGUACCGGCCGGUUCGGGUCUGCCGCACCUUCAGCGAGUGCCGAGACCUUGUCAAGCGAGGCCUGUCGAGUCACAGCUGCAGCAGGAUUCACCUGGCCCACGGGCCGCAAUUGAUGGAUCUCAUGGAUGGCAUGGAAGAGAGCGGGGUCCCCUUGACGGCACCUCGCUUCGUGGUGGAUGGGGAGGGGGUGAUUGCAACGGAUUAUGCCCCUCAGCUUCUGACCACCUCCUUAGGAGUGGCAAUUCAGUGCAUUUUGGUAUCAGAGGUGGGGAAUCGCUUCUUGGUAGCCUUUCCUCACCUAGUAUGGCAUCGGCAGCCUACAAAGAGAGUGCUGCCGCCUCAGUUCCUGAGCAAGCCGACCUUGAUGGAAGUGGCCUGCUGCACGUUGGUUCAACGUGCCGAGAUUGCGGAGGACGUGCUGAUGAAGAUUUGGGUCGGCUAUGUCACUGCCGAGAACUACGGCUUGAUUGUGGAGAUGGAAGAGGGGGCGACGGUGGACUAUCCCUUCGUCAUCGACGGCGAGCGGGAUUACUUGCCCUUUGCUCAGUCCUUGGUGGAUGCGCUUCAAGACCACUUUGCUUUCCUGAGUGCAGAGAGCGGAGCCCCCGGAGGUCUAGGAGGUGCUGGUGUAGCAGAGCCUUCAUUGCAGCCGCUGGACGUGCGGGUCGCCAAUUUGGAGGACAACAUCGGCAAGAUUUCCAACAACAUGGAGGAGCUUCUGAUGGCACUACAACAGCGUGGAAGAGCUCCACGCCUGGGAGAAGGGAGAGUGACCUUCGACCCAAUUCCGAAGGUUGUGGAGCCCGAGGUGAAGAGAAAGCCCAAGCCCGCAGUUGUGGGGCGAUUUCCGCAACUAGAUCCUUCGGUGGUUUCAGCUGCCUUGGGAGCUGGUGUGAGCGAGUCGAACCUGGAAGAGAUGCAACGGCUGAUUGCGGCUGGCCAGGUGGGGAGCCGCAGACUACGAGAGCCGGCUCUGAGGAGCCCUGCGAGAAGAGCAGAAAAAGAUGUCUUGUCGGAGAGCGAGGACGAAGCAGAGGAGGACGACGUCGCUGGUGGUUCAGUCGACGCAUCUUCACCGCCCUCAGUCGAGGCUGCUGUGAGCAAGCUUACAGAAUUGGUCUCAUUGUUGGCAGCGGAUCGUGUGAAAAAGGCGAAAGGGUCCAAGAUCGACCAAGCUUUGGACAACGUUGGAUCCACUACGAUCUCAGAGGCUGCCGGCGGAGGUCAAUUGAAGAGGGCCGCUGCAGCCAGGCGAGCCCUUCGACAAGCUCUUCAAGAAACGCCGGAGGAAAUUUCCGGGGUGGUGGAGAAGCUGCUCCUCGAAGACCUGACGUCGCAGACUCAAGCUCAUGGGAUGCCAGGAAUCAGCUUCAAUGCCAGGGCUUGGGUCGAGCAUCGGAGCAGAAUCUCUUCUUCGUACAAGACCUCAGCACAUGUCGCUUGGUCGGCUGCUGGCAUUCUCGACAACUUGGUGAAGGGGCGAGUGGCUCAAGCACGAGCUCAAGCAGGACUUCUGCUACUGCAGCUCGACCAAGUAGCUAUAGACCGAGGGUCAUGGAGUCUGGCGGCCGAGUUGGCCCUAGAGCAAGGCCCCCCUUUGGCCUCGCUGGCGAUGCACAGCCUGCCGAAUGUGGGCGAGGGCGAAAGCCCCUUUUCUCGCCUCUUGGAUCCGAGAUGGUCGGAGGUCAUGUUGAGCCACCUCAAGGAUGCCGAGGACUAUGUGCAGAAAAGAUGCAUGAAGUAUGAGGGCGAGCCGCCGGCUGUGUGCCCUGAUGGUCUGGUUGAAGGCGACACGAAGAAGGUCGUCAUCCCUGGCAGCAGGGCUCCUACAGUCAAAGUUCCUGGUUUGCUCAAUUCGAUGCUACGUUUGUUGCUGAAGUAUACCGACAAGCUUAGCGGGUUUUUGCACUCUUUCCUCAGCAAUGAGCCGCAGCUCCGUGCAGGAGCUUCUUCGCUGGGUCCUCUCUGGCCACUGCCUGUGCCCUACCCUGAAGUUUUUGGGCAUGGUCCUGCUUUCAGGUCGUCUUGGAGAAAAAGGCGAGUGGCUUUGCAGGUUGUAGUGCUCAACUGGCUCUAUUUGGGGCGACCUGCAGUUUGUCCAGGCAAUUUGUGGCUGGGGCAGCCUUUGUCUAGGAGGCAAUGGUGUCGUGUGAAGAACUUGGAGAACCUUAGCGAAGAUGGGAAUUCAGUUUUUGAAGUCGAUGCUGAGCUCAUGGCUCGUGCGGCCACCAAAGCUGAGGCUGCGUCCGAUCAGUUGGAUGCUCUGCACAGGGCUUUGCUUGGCACGACUUUUGGUGGUGCUGCGCCCUAUGGUGGGGUGACUAGCUCUGCAUCUCAUGUGCGGCGAGAAAAUGAAGAUGAGGAGUGGAGCGGCUUAGCAGGACUGUUUGGUGCUUUUGAAGGGUCUCUUUCUGGUGAUGGUUUUGUUAUCGCCAAGCCUAUUCAAGCAGAUCGGAUUCAAUUUGUCGGAAGUCCUCAAUUUGAUCCCCUCCCUUUUUUUGAUGAUGUCACUGCAAAAGCCUAUUCUCGUCCUCUUGAUUGUGUUCGUGAAGAACCGGGCGUGAGCCCUCCUAAAGUUAGCGUGCAUGCUACCGCCUUGGAGCGGAACAAGUUGUUUAAGAAAAUGGUCGCUGGCAAUCGACUUGUACAUGUCCCUGCAGACGUGGUUCGAAAGGGCAUUUUUAGCGGGUUGUUCAGUGUGCCAAAAGACCUGGAAAAAGAUAGGCUCAUACUUGAUGCACGGCCUCCCAACACCCUUGAAUAUGUUCUCAGCACAUGGACAAGCACCAUGAGCUCGGCAACAGCUCUUACUGGUAUUGAACUUGAAGCUGAUCAGAGCCUUUUCAUGUCAGGUAGAGACAUUCGGGACUUUUUCUAUCAAUUUAAAGUAGGAGCCCAGCGAGCUCGGCGCAAUGUGCUUUCCGGCCUGCUCAGCUGCAACGACUUGGAGUUCAUUUUUGGGCGUCCUUUUGCUGAGCCGGGCUAUGUGGCACUGAACACCAUGGCCAUGGGGGAUUGUAACGCCUGCGAGUUUGCUCAGGGAUCUCACCUUCAAUUAGUUCUGGAGUGCGAAGGAGCCAAGCCUGAAGAGGUCAUCAUGAUGCAUCAGCCCUUUCCACGAGGGCUAUUAUCGGUUGGUGUCAUCAUUGAUGACUUGGUCUGCUUUGAGAAGGUCCUGACCGCGGACAUAGAACGAGUGCGAGCUGAAGGCUCUGAGUUGGACAAGCGCAUGAAGGUUAUCAUGGCGAAGUACGACGAGGUUGGCCUACCGACUAACCCCAAGAAAGCUUUUGACAAUGCAGUUUUGAGCUCCUUCUGGGGGAUCCAAAUUGAUGGCUCAAAGGGCUUGAUGCGGAGCAAUGAGAGCCGUGUGUGGCCGCUCCUGCUGAUUGGCUGCAGGGUCGUUAGCCUGGGCUUGUGCAGUGUAGGCCUUUUGAGGUCGCUGGCAGGGUCUUUUAUCUCAGUGCUUUCUCUGCGGAGGAGGAUGCUUUCAGCUAUGAAUUUAAUCUUCGAUGCGAUCACAGCUUCGAGGGAUGAUGCUCAAAUCAUCAGGUUGUCUGGUGCGCUGAAGGACGAGCUCUUUACUGUCUUGACUUUGUGCACCUUGGCCGUGGUGAAUUUUCGAGCUGCCACCCUGAGCACGCUACGUGCUACUGAUGCCUCUGACUGGGGAAUGGCUGCGGUUUCGACCACGCUCCCUAAAAAUGUGGCCAGGCAAGCUCAGCGUCUGGGGCUCAGCAAGUCCAUGUGGACGCGUCUGCUGCCACCAGGGAAGGCAUGGUUACGUGUGAAGAUGAUGCUUCCUCCUGAAGAAGAACUACCUGGUGAAGAUGACGUGUUUGACGUUCACCCUUUUUGGGAGCAACUUGCUAGAUCCCUGCCUUAUUCAGAAGAGUGGCGAAAGCAACAUCCCCGAGCGGUUCAUGUCAACAUUGGGGAAGUCAGAGCCCUGCUUUUGGAAGAGAGCAGACUGGCUGCCAAGCACAUCUCUGUGCGGGUUGCCUAUGCCUUGGACUCGCAAGUCGCCCUGGGGUCUUUGGUGAAAGGAAGGGCCUCUUCGAAGGCUAUCAAUGCUGAGCUGGUGAAGUCCAUCCCCAAUGUGAUCGGUAGCGACAUGUAUGGAGCCUAUGGUUACUGGCCCUCGAAACUCAAUCGGGCCGAUGGACCAACGCGGCAUGCUCUACCUGCAGAACCAGAUGAGCCGCUACCUUGGUGGUGGGAUGAAGUGUCCGAAGGGAACUACGAACUUUUUGACGCCUGGUUGGAGCAAGUGCAAGAGCAAGUCUCCUGUGCUGCGGCCGCGCCGCCACUCCGGCGUCUUGGUGAUCCUGUUGAGCUGAAGACUGGUCGCCGAGAGGCUUGGGAGAAAUUCGUUGGUUUCCGCCGUGGAAAAAAGGCUGCUGAGCCGGACGUGCAGGGCUCUUUGCAUGUGGUAGACCAAGGCUGCACUCUUUCCGCUGAAGCUAUAGAGAUUCUGAAGUCCUUCGGCGACAAGCAGGUUCUUUUUGCCUCUGGAGACAAAACCUUUAGGCACCCUGGUGCCUUGGACCUCUACUCCGGGGUUGGCGGUGUCGCACGUUUUUUGGUAAAGCACGGUGCGCCCUGGGUGGUCUGUUUUGAGAUUCAGAGAUCAGCUAGCGAAGAUGUGUUAGAAGCAGGGAACCAACAGAAGAUCCUCAGGCUCAUUCAGCUGAAGGCGGUUAAAGUGGUGGGAUCUGCUUUGGUUUGUAGGUCUUUCUCCAUGGCUGUGACUCCGGCCGUGCGGUCGCCCCAGUUUCCUCGCGGAGUGCCAUGGAUGUCGCCGGCUAUGAAGAUCAAAGUGUCGGAGGGCAACAAGAUGGGCGAUUUCCAGGUUGAAGUUUUGGCAGCUUGUGAGGCUAAUGAGCCUCCUACCUUGUUUUGGUUUGAGAACCCUGACAGCAGCUACCUUUGGAGACAACCUAGACUCAAGAGGCGAUUUGCCUCACCUGCGUCUCAUGAGCUUUGCAGAGUUGACUUCUGCAGGUUUGGCACUGCGUGGAGGAAAAGAACAAGGGUCGCAACUAACAUAGAAGGGCUUCGUGGUUUGCGCAUGCUUUGUGUUUGCACGCAAGGACACGUUCAGCUUCGUGGACAGCAUCCCACCUUGAAGAAGCCCUGGACUGCAGUUGCUCAGCCCUAUCCACGAGGUUUCUCUAAGCUGUUGGGCAGUGCAAUUGUGUCUGCUUGCAAUUGGAGCCGCCGCCUGAACAUAGGCGCCUGUGCACGCGCCGGCAGCUUGAGGAUUGGAGAGGCCAAGAACCCUGGGCCACGAGGUUUGAGAGCUGCUCGCGGCUUUUCUUUGGAGGAGGCACCGGUCCAAACUUGGACAUCCCUGCGGAUUGGAGAAAGAAGAUGGCAGCUCUUUUUGGAUUGGUGUUCGCAAACUAUUUCAGGCGACAUCUUGCAGCUCUUCCUCAUGGUCCCUCUCUUCUUGGCUCAUGCUAUUAGGCGCUAUGGCGACGUUGAUUUUAGUGGUGGAGGCUCCUUGAUGUAUUUUAGGCACUUGGUUUUGACUGCUCAGCGAAAGGUGCCAACCCUGAAGCCGUAUGCCUCCAUUUGCUGGGACCUUGCUUCGCGCUGGGAGAAGGUUGAACCGACUCAGCACAGGCCUCCUGUUCCUGAAAUUGUGAUGCAAGCUUUGGUUGCUUUGAGUUGGCAGUUAGGGUGGCUUAGAUGGAGCUCGGUGACGCUGCUCUGUUUCCAUGGAGUUGCUCGAGUUGGUGAAGUUCUGAAGUGCAAACGGAGCGAUUUGCUCCUGCCCAUAGAUAUGAUGUUUGAGAGCGAUUCUGCUUUCUUGCUGUUAAGGCAAACCAAAACAAUGUACAGACAAAAUGCACGGGUGCAGCACUUGAAGAUUUCUUCUGUGUUCGUGGUGCACUUGCUCACUUUAGUUUUUUCGUGA